AAAGCAGGCUGAACCUUUGAUCAGUAGCUCAGUGGAGACAGACGGGCUUGAACGGCGCUCAGUGGAAGAUCAUGUCCCCAGCACCAGCAAAUGAGUUGGGCUAUAAACCCCUGGAUGGUGGUUGGGGCUGGAUGGUGGUGUUUGGGGCCCAUAUUUCCAUUGGAUUUGCCUACUCGGCGCCAAAAGCCCUCUCUAUUUUCUUCAAAGAGAUCCAAGAGGACUUGGGGGCCAGCUACAGUGAAAUAGCCUGGAUCUCCUCUAUCAUGCUGGCUACCAUGUAUGCAGGCGGACCUGUGAGCAGCGUGUUGGUCAACUGCUUUGGAAGCCGGCCAGUCGUUAUACUGGGUGGACUGAUGUGUGGGGUAUCUAUGGUUGCUGCUUCUUUUGGGACCUCCAUCAUUUACCUUUACUUUUUCACUGGCAUCAUUGGAGGUUGUGGACUCUCCUUAAACCUUAAUGCAUCUCUCACCAUCAUCAGCAAGUAUUUUUUGGCCAAGCGCCCUUUAGCCAAUGGACUGGCUAUGGCUGGGAGUCCAGUGUUUCUGUUCUUCCUGGCCCCUCUCAACCAAUAUCUGCUGGACAAGUUUGGCUGGAGAGGAAGUUUCUUUAUCCUUGGGGGCCUGAUGCUUAACUGUUGUGUUGCCGGCGCCCUGAUGAGGCCUGUUGUUCUGCCCUGUAAGCCGCCCUCUUUUGCACUACAGAAGAUAGUGGAGGAACAGCCAAAUAAGAGCAACAAUAAGCUGGAAAGAAGCUGCACAAAGAACACUAAGAUGUUCUGUGAUUUGUCCUUCUUCAAAGAUAGAGGCUUCGUUAUUUACCUCAUAGGGAACAUGAUGUUUAUCUUCGGUGCCUAUGCACCCUUUCUGUUCCUGUCUGCUUAUGCUAUUAGCCAAGGUGUAGCGGAGUACUCUGCAGCCUACCUGCUCUCCAUUACAGGCCUCGUGGACAUGUUUGUUCGGCCUGGCACUGGCCUGGUGGCCAACAGCAAAUGGAUUAGGCCUAGAAUCCAGUACUUUUUCAGCUUUGCUAUGAUUUUCAAUGGUACAUGCCACUUACUGUGCCCGCUGAUCAGAAGCUACUCCUUCCUGGUGGUUUACGCGGUAUUUCUAGGCAUUAGUUUUGGCAUGGUCUUCGCCCUGAUUUUUGAAUGCCUGAUGGACCUGAUGGGAAAUCAGCACUUCCCCAGUGCUGUUGGACUAGUCACCAUCAUGGAGUGCUUCCCCAUGCUACUGGGACCACCUACCGCAGGGCUACUGGUGGACCUUUUUGACUACAAGUACCUUUUCUUCAUGUGUGGCUCGGUGAUCGCAAGCGGCGGGAUUUUCCUCUUCGUUAUGAACAUCUACAACUAUCACAUGCUGGAUAAAGAGAAUAGAGAAAAUGACAGCGAGCCGAAUCAAAGAACCAUAGAGAUGCUGGAUCAGGUUUUAGAGGUAGCGAUGAAGCAGACUGCUGAUGCAGCAGAGGAAAGAACUGAGCCUGGGGCUAAAGAGAGUAAUGGAGCCCAGGAAGAUCCAUGAUCAGAGAAAUCAGAAACACUCCUGUAUGACUCCUCCAUGUAACAUGGAUGUUAGGGGCACAUGAAUGUGUGUAUGUGUGUGGAUGUUAAAUUCGGCCAGUCAGUUAACAGCCAGUCAUUUUGAGAUAUAACCAUGUAGGUUGUUGGACAAAGCCAAGGCUACAGCCAUGGCAGCAGCCCUGUGAGACUGUACUUAUGCACAGUGGUGCUUUGAGCUAGCAUCAGUAUGCUAACAUGCUGACAAAGUCAAUGAUCAAUAUGGUUAGGGAUGGGUUUCAGUAGCUGAUUCUGUUUUGGAUCCGUUCCAUGCUGGUGAAAUAGGCUUCAUGCCCAAAUGACUCCCUUAUCAAACCUGUCAAAACAGAAUCAAAAAUAAUCCGGUCCAAUCCAGAAAAAUAGAAAUUUUGUACGUUUUUGAGGCAAAGGGUUUGCUUCACUGAAAGGUGACAGGAAAUGAUGUCAUCUCUCUCACCCUUUUUUGUGAAGGAUGAGCAUGAGUGUAUUAUUGAAACCUAUUUUAAUCAUUAUUGUAUUAUUGAAUGUACCAUUGAAAAUUAAGUGAAAUUAUUAUUGAAGUUGUUUAAAUAAAACAUCCAUGAAGUCGAUCUUCUUUCACACAAAGUGAGGAGAGUGAGGACAUUAUUUCCUUUCGCUAUAUUUUCUAAACUGAAAAGAAACAAUAUUAAUUGUUGCAGCUAAAUCAUGACACCCCUGCUGGAAAAAAGGCAAGUAUAUGUGCUGCAGAAAUUCCUUUAGUUACUGGGAGAGGUGGUCAUGCCUCUGCAUCUCUAGACUUCCCCUACAUACAUUCUGCACAGUCAGAUUUCAUGGCACUCAUUCCAGAGUUCUCAAGAUACUUCACAAAAAAAAACAAACACUAAUAAAAUAUCAACCUCAUGGUUAUGCUAGAUGAAAACGCAGGGGAUCAUUAAGAUCAGCAAGAUUUAGCCUUUAGAAACCAUGAAUGCCUGUCUAAAAUUUCCAGGCAAUCCAUCCAAUAACUGUUGAGAUAAUUAAGUCUUGACCAAAGUUGUGGACUGGUGAUCCAGAUCCAACCAGACAUUACCACUUCUAGAGCCAUACUGGCUAAAAAUGCCACUUGCUGGUUCCAGCAUUUCAAAUAUGUUUCCUUUUUUUUUUUUUUUGGAAUCCAUUAUUAAUGAUUAAUGAUUUGUUUUUGACUGUGUGAUAAGCAAUUUCAACAUUGAACCACUGAGACAACAUUGGCUUAGAGAAAUAAUGAUCAGCACUUUUUCACUAUUUUCUCUUUUUAUAGACUAAAGGGUUAUCCAAAACCUGAAGAACUGAAGAAAUACUUAACAGAUUAUCCUUUUUUUUCAGGAGUACUCUUAUUCUAGCCAUACCAAACUCAGCUAUUCAUCUGUCCAGUCAGCCAGUUUGGUUGUCUCUUCCGCUAGAGGCCAUGACAGUGUGUGCGGAUGACACACUAAACCAGGAUCAGUUACUUGUCACCACCCCGUGUAUGCUGUGUUAUACCUGUAAUGUGGUUUUGACUUUGGGUGCAUUGCCUUGAAUUCUUGUGGCAAAUGCUGAAAGGUACACAGCCUCAAUAGGUGAGACUGAAUUGUAAUGUCUUCUCUCACAUGACGA